AUGGUUCAUUAUAAUAGACAUCGCCGACCAGCCGUCAACCCAAAAGAGGCGACGACGAUCAAAUUGAAGUUACGACUAUCGCAAAUCAUCGAUGUGGCUGAGCUCGCGCAAGUGAUGACGUGCAGUGUCUGGUUGAGACAGGUUUGGAUCGACAAGAAACUCUCGUGGGAUCCGCGGAAUUAUGGAGGUGUUUCGGUGCUUUACGUUCCCUAUGAGAUGAUCUGGGUGCCCGAUAUUGUGCUUUACAAUAAUGCCGAGAGCUACUACAACAUCACCAUUUCCACCAAAGCGACAUUGCACUAUUCGGGAGAGGUGACUUGGGAGCCGCCAGCGAUUCUCAAAUCCCUUUGCCAGAUCGACGUCGAGUGGUUCCCGUUCGAUGAGCAAAAGUGCAAUCUCAAAUUCGGCUCGUGGACCUACGACGACAAUUUGCUGCAAUUGGAUUUGCUGGAAAACAACGUUCACCACGAGCUGGAGAAAAACGAGUUGGGCGAGAUGGACAAUGUGACAAUCGCCAAUGAUGGCAUUGAUCUUUCCGAUUACUAUCCAUCCGUUGAAUGGGACAUUAUGUCGAGAGUGGCAAAGAGGAGGAGCAAGAAUUAUCCGAGUUGCUGUCCCGGAUCGGCUUACAUGGAUAUCAUUUACUAUCUGGUGCUUCGCCGUAAGCCACUCUUCUACACCGUUAACUUGGUCUUUCCAUGUGUUGGGAUCUCUUUCUUGACCAUUCUCGUCUUCUAUCUUCCGUCGGAUUCAGGAGAAAAGGUAACGCUAUGCAUUUCGAUUCUCGUCGCACUGACUAUCUUCUUCUUGCUACUGACGGAGAUCAUCCCAGCCACCUCGACCACCCUUCCCCUCAUCGGCAAAUAUCUUCUUUUCACGAUGGUGAUGGUCACUCUAUCCGUUGUUGUCACCGUCAUUUCGUUAAACCUCCACUUUCGCACCCCAACCACGCACAUCAUGCCGAAUUGGGUGAAAACCGUGUUCCUCAACUGGUUACCGAAGAUGCUUUUCAUGAGGCGUCCAUUGACCGAAGCCGAGGAGGGCUUCAAGAAAGUGAACCCAAGAAUGUUAUCAGUUGGUCCCACAACACUGGACGGAAAAAUCCCGCUCAACUUCCACGAGCAUCGAGUGAAAGAGAAUGCGGGUGGUUUCGGACGAGCGCUGGCAAAUGCGGCGAUUGAUGAAAGGAUUCAGAAGUUGUACUUCUCGCCACAGGUGGUGAAAUCCUUUGAGAACAUUUGCUUCAUCGCAGAGUUGUUGAAGAAAAAGGAUCGCGACGAUAAAAUCGACGAGGACUGGAAAUACGUGGCAAUGGUGUUGGAUCGGUUAUUUUUGUUGAUAUUCGCGACGGCGUGCUUCGUCGGGACGUUGUAUAUUUUGUUACAGGCCCCGACGCUUUUCGAUGACGCGAAAGGCAUCCCGCUACACAAUGAUCCGCAAAUGGGCCGAACAAACAUCAAUCAU